CUCUCAUCUUCCUUGCCCUCCCAACAACUCCUCACAACGGCAACGACGGUCACUUCAACAGAGCAGGCUACAUCCUCCUCGUCAUCGGCUACGACCAUGCUCAACGGCACUGCGGCGCCCAACGGCAACGCUCCAUUGCCUACCGGCGAGGCUUCCUCCUCUGCAGCCGCCGAUGCCUCCUCCCUCGCCCUCGCAGGUCAUGACGAGGAGCAGAUCCGCCUUAUGGAGGAGCAAUGCAUCGUCGUGUCCAAUGACGACCAACCUCUGCGUGCCGGCUCGAAGAAGGAAUGCCACCUCAUGAGCAACAUUCUCCCCCCUCACUCCCUUCUUCAUCGAGCAUUCUCCGUCUUCCUCUUCCAUCCAGAGACAGGAAAGCUUCUACUCCAAAAGCGAGCGCCAGAGAAGAUCACCUUCCCGGAUAUGUGGACGAACACUUGCUGCUCUCACCCCUUGGCGGUCAAGGGGGAGAUGGAGGUCGGCGAGGAUUAUGUGGGCGUGAGGAGGGCGGCGCAGAGGAAGUUGGAUCAUGAGCUGGGGAUCCCAGCAGGGGACGUUCCCUUGGAGCAUUUCAAGUACUUGACGAGGAUCCAUUACUUGGCAGAGUGCAAGGGUGGCGUAUGGGGCGAGCAUGAGAUCGACUAUAUCCUCUUCAUCACAGCCUCGCCUACGCUGCGACCCAAUGAGAACGAGGUCUGCGACACCAAGUGGGUCUCACCUGAAGAGCUGCGAGUCCUCAUGGACGAGCUGGACCCAGAGGCCUUCACGCCUUGGUUCAAGCUCAUCGUCAAGCGAUUCCUCUUCCCGUGGUGGAAGCUGCUCCUCGAGAACAAGAAGGACGGUGAGGGGUAUAAUGCCGACAGUGUGGCGCAUCUGAGGGAUGAUGAGAUUCACAGGAUGGUAUAGGCCGCACUUGGGACGAGACGAUGAACAUCUCACGACGUAGCAUGGCAGCAUGCAGUAGCAGCAAUGCAGCAUAGUUGGUAGAGCAAGAGUCAACGGACAAUACACGAUACAUACCCCUCCCCUUCUGCCUGUUCCCUUCCUUCCCUCUACUCGACCCUCUGAAUUGCAAUGGCAUGACGCAGCGCUACCUCAAAGCCGUUGAGCCUUUCUGUCGAAAGACGCUCCCCACCCCUUGGUCUCUCCUCUGUCCUCUCGUGACCACCUCUUGUCCUCAAUAGCAUACUCGUCAUCGUCAUC